ACUCGAGGCGGGUCCUCAGGGCGGAUCUCGGAGCUGCGGCCCCGGCGGGCGUCAGUGCGCGGCGCAGGAGGCCGCGGCAUGGGGCGGGUGCAGCUCUUCGAGAUCCGACUGAGCCACGGCCGCGUAGUCUACAGCCCAGGGGAGCCUCUGACCGGGACCGUGCGCGUGCGUCUGGGGGCGCAGCUACCCUUCCGAGCAAUCCGUGUGACCUGCCUGGGUUCCUGUGGGGUCUCCAGCAAGGCUAAUGAUGCAGGAUGGGUGGUGGAAGAAAGCUACUUCAACAGCUCCCUGUCAUUGGCUGACAAGGGGAGCCUGCCCGCUGGAGAGCACAGCUUCCCCUUCCAGUUCCUGCUUCCUGCCACAGCACCCACGUCCUUUGAGGGUCCUUUUGGCAGGAUUGUGCACCAGGUGAGGGCUACCAUCGACACUGCACGUUUCUCCAAGGAUCACAAGUGCAGCCUUGUAUUCUAUAUCUUGAGCCCUCUGAACCUGAACAGCAUCCCAGACAUUGAGCAACCUAACGUGGCCUCUGCCACCAAGAAGUUCUCCUACAAGUUGGUGAAGACAGGCAGUGUGGUCCUCACGGCCAGCACUGAUCUCCGAGGCUAUGUGGUGGGGCAGGUGCUACGGCUGCAGGCUGAGAUAGAGAACCAGUCGGGCAAGGACACCAGCCCUGUGGUGGCCAGUCUGCUGCAGAAAGUGUCUUAUAAGGCCAAGCGCUGGAUCUACGACGUGCGGACCAUUGCGGAGGUGGAGGGUGCUGGUGUCAAGGCCUGGAGGCGUGCGCAGUGGCAAGAGCAGAUCUUGGUGCCUGCCCUGCCACAGUCGGCCUUGCCGGGCUGCAGCCUUAUCCACAUUGACUAUUACCUGCAGGUCUCCAUGAAGGUGCCUGAAGCCACUGUGACCCUCCCCAUCUUUGUUGGCAAUAUUGCUGUGAACCAUGCUCCCCUGAGCCCUGGGCCAGGCUUGGAGCCACCUGCUGGACCCUCACCCCCAGUGGUGCCUUCCGCACCACCCCAGGAGGAAGCUGAGGUUGUGGCUGGUGGCCCCCACUUCUCGGACCUGGUCUCCCUCUCCACCAAGAGCCACUCACAGCAGCAGCCACCACCUGCUGUCUUGUGUUCUGUGCCUGUCGCCCCUGAGCCCUGUGCUCAUGAUGGCAGUCCUGCUCCCCACUCUCUGCACCCUCCCUUGUGCAUCUCUACAGGUGCCACUGUCCCCUACUUUGCGGAGGGCUUUGGGGGCCCAGUGCCCACCACCAGCGCCUUGAUCCUUCCCCCGGAGUACAGUUCUUGGGGCUACCCCUAUGGUGAGUGGGAAGGCCAGGCAUGGAGGUUGGGGAGGAGAUGCCACAGCCCCUUGCAGACACAACUCUCUCCCCACAGAGGCCCCACCUUCUUAUGAGCAGAGCUGCAGUGGUGCAGACCUUGGCCUGACUCCCAGGAGCUGACCCUUGAGAGCUGACCUCAUGCUGCCUUUCCUGGUGGGCCUGGCCUCUGCCCUGGGAUGGGAUGCCCAGGGCCUCGUGCCUUAGCUCUCUGCCUGGCCUGGCCGCUCAGGACUCAUGCCUGUCCAGGCCACCUCUUGGCUGGAACAACCUCUCUCGGCUUCCCUAUUGUCAGCCCUCUUCUCCCUGAGGUCGAGAUGGGGGAGACAGGGACCAGAGACUGGAGAAACUCUGUAAAUAAAGUGUUAUAUUUGUAGAGCCUGCCUCUACAGGACAGAGGCUGGCCUGCCUCCAGCCACGGAUGCCCUGCAGUCUCCGGCCUGUGUUGGUUGGACCUGGUGCUCCCACCUUUUCUUUGGUUCUGCCCCAUCUUUGCCCCCUCCCAGGUGCAUCCUUCCCCUGCGAGGCCCCUGCCCACAGUGGAACCCCCUCCCUUGGGCCUUUGGAGGCUAUUAACACCAAUGCUCAGCUGGCUCUGCAGGUCAUGCCUGUCUGCUCUCACCCAGGACCAUGUUUUAAAGGCUAUGUUCUAGGCUUCCAGAGCUAGAUAGGUGGGGUACUGUGGGCAGUGUUUCCCAGAGAGGCACCCUGCUGCUGUAGUCCCAAGGGAGGGCCUGGAGGUACUGCCUUUGUUGCUCCAUGGGAAUGACUCAAUGGGGGUAGUCAGGGUAGAUUUGGGCCGCAUGACUUCUCUGAUAGAGUGGAGAGAUACUAGGUGUGUCAGCCACCUUGGCUGAGUAACAAGUUCGUGACUCUUAGGGAACAGGUCACAUACUCACUAACCUGAUUGCACCAGAGGACAGGCCUGGUAAGUGGCUGUCAUCCCUAGGCUGAAGCUUCAGAUGGACAGAUGGACUAUGGGCUGUCACUUGCACACGCUGUAGGUCAGCCCUUGCAGUUGGCAGUGUGGGCUCUGGCCAAGUAGCCUUGUAUUCAGCUAACACUAACUCCCUGGGACAAGGGGAAGGAUGACAACUGGAAGAAGGCGGACAGGAGGCUACAGGUGGGUUAGUCUGUAAGCACAUGCUAGAAGUAGUGCAUCUACUUCCAACCCAGAAGAGAUGCCUGGGUUGGAGUCCCAUCUUGGCCUCUAGCCAGUGCCACCCCGCAGGUGCUUGGCUUCCUGGCUUCCAUCACUUGUGAGGGUGCCAACAGUGCCUGCCUCUCAAGUCUGUCUAGGCUUGAUAAGCACACAUCACCUGAUGAGAACUGCAGAUAUGUGGUCAGUGGCCAUCAAAGGAAGGCAGGUCUACAAAAUUGGAGUGGGAAGCCUGCCUAUAGCCUACUUGUCACAUGCAUUUGUGGUUACAUUUGCAUGGUAAGGGGUUUCCCCCACAUUUUAACUGCAUAUGUUCAUCUAACAACUAUUUGUCUCUUGUAUUAUUCUGAGCACACAAAACAGUGCUAUCCUAGGAUAAGACAGAUAACAUGCCCAGUAAGAGUACAGGGUUGUCAUGUGACAUGCAGGAUACAGAGCCAGAUAAAGCAAAGGGCUGGUUGAUCUCAUUGUUAACUAGAGGUACACAGCAAAGUGAACCCUGCGUAUACUAGAGAUAAAAGUUCCCUGGAGGGGUCAGAGGAGGUCCUAAGGCAGGAGUGGAGAUGGAGUGGGAUACAGGGAGGGUGGGUUGGGGGCUCAGGGGCUUUGACAGAAAGGUUGAAUCGCCCUAAAGAAAACUGGAAUGGCACUUAGGGCUGUCCAUUUCUCUUUAUCUGUGUACACUGACAAUGCAGAUGUAGCAGAGUCAUUUUUCUAUUUUUUCCUCAUGAGACUGAGUCUAUGACUGUCAAGACUCAGAGUGUCCUUAUUUCUUGGCAGUGAGAACAUCAGUUUUGCUGUAUGCUUUUCUCAAGUCUCAGGGACAGAAGAGACAGAUUUGGCCACAGGAAGCAGGUAGCCUAAAAGGCUUUAUGAGGCUCUAAGUACAUUGUCCAGUGAAGGGUGCUUGGUGUGCAAGAAAGUAUGUGCCUGGGGAUAGCCAGGGGCAGCAUCUCAUCUGAGAAACCCCAGUCCAUCAACCCUUCCAGUGUGACAUCACUCCAGAGCACCCAUUCUUAACCAGAGCUACCCCCUAACUGGGAUACCUCCCAACCAGGGCACUCCUCCAUAUUGGAAUACCCCCUUCCCAUUCAGGACACCUCUGCCAGCUGGAUCAUUUCCCUAGAGGAGAAAUCCCCUCUGUGCAGUUUCUCAAUCCUUAGGACAUCCUCCCAAUCAGAAUACAUGUGGAGUUGGGACAUUCCCCUAGCUGGAAUCCCUCCUAGCAGCUGGGGCAUUCCUCCCUACCAGGAACCUGGGACCUUGCCUAAGUAGGGUCCCUCCUCUAACCAGAGCACCUUCCUCCAUGCCAGGCACACCCCAUAAGCAUAUCACCCCUCUGCUGCAGACCUCCAAUUGGGGCACCCCCCUACAAAGCAACUCAGGAUGACUGCCUUUGUGAAAGCUCAGGAAAUCAAAAUGUAUCUGGGUUUAGAGGUUAAGAGUUGAGCCUUGAGUUCUUCACCCUAGGCCUGCCCACCAGAACACCAAUUUACAGUCCUUCUCAUCUGCAGGGGUGUGUUCUACAACACUCUGUGGAUGACUGAAAUCACAUGUGGUACUGAAACCUGUACAUAAAAUGAUUUUCCUUACACAUACAAUAAAAUUUAACCAAUGAAUUCGGUAUGGGAAGAGACUGACAUUAGUAACAAAAUAAUUAGUUGGGUGUAGUGGCCCAUGCCUGUAAUCUCAGUAGCUUGGGAGGCUGAGGCAGGAGGAUCAUGAGUUUAAAGCCAGCCUCAGCAAUUGAGUGAGGCCUUAAGCAACUCAGCAAGACCCUCUUAAAAAAAAAAUAUAUAUAUAUAUAUACACACAUGGCUGGGGAUGUGGCUCAGUGGUUAAGCGCCCUGGAUUCAAUUCCUGGUACACCCCCCACCCCGCAAAAUAGAAGAAUUAUAUAAUGUACUGUAAUAAAAAUUGCAUGACUGUGA